CCUUGCCACACCCAUUAUCUGUCAGGACCAGUGUUGGUUCACGGGAAUUGUCAAGGUUGCAUAAGCUGCGCAAUCAAGAUCAUACACACAAUUUCCUACUUCCCAGCCGUCAACAAAUCAUAAUUAUCACUCAGAACAUUUGAACAAGGCUAUAACCUGAUUCUCAUUUUCAAUUAAUUAAUACAUUGCGACCCUUUGCCUUCAACAUGCCUCUCAUUAUUCGAACCUGCUCAAGCUGCACGGCGGAUAUUUCUAGGCAGCUGGAUAGGCUCAAGGUCUACGGCCAAACUGACAGAACUGGAAUUACGACAUUCGAAAUACCCACCACUGGAGAUCCGAGUACUUGGGGGCCGCGCUCGCUUGCAACACUUUGCUUGGGCGCUCUCAGAUUCAAGAGCCACCACGUCGUACAGUCUGGAAACACGGUCAUGUGCAGCGGCUGCUAGCCGGUGCGUGAAAGUUGGGCGGAGGGUUGUUCUACCAACGGUGCUCUGAGCGUAUUAGACUAGCUGUAUUUUACUCAACCACGGAUACACCAGAGUGCGCUGAGGGGCC